AUGAAGGCCUCAAUCAUCCUCACCACCAUCCUCACCACCGCCGCCUGGGCCGGCACCCUUCCCACCAAGCGCCAAAACACUGCCAACGAGGCCGCACUUCAGCAAGCCCGCGAAGACUCCGCCGCAGCCAUCGAGCGCGGCCAGGGCCGUGGACGGCUUCUCCUCGACGAGGGAGGCUGCAGCGAGGCUUGUAACCGUUGCCGUCUUUCCGCUUCUGCUACUGCUGUCGCUGAGGUCUUUGCCUGUGGCACGGCUGCUGUUGCUAUCGAUGUUCUUACCGCUGGUAUUGCCACGUUUCUUGAAGCUGCUGGGUUUGUGGCAUGUGAGGGUGCUGUUAUUGCUAAGUUGAAUGAGAAGGAGGAGACUUGUCUUAAUGAGUAA